GGCAAAUCAAAAUUUGGUCCAAUGCGGUUCUCCCCUUUUCCCCUAAAAAUUAAAACCCUCGACCUUUUGAAGCAUGAAAUUUAAAUCUCUGCUUUGGGCUGUAAUUUCUUUGCCUUGAUUUGUAACUACGAAGAAUGAUUCAAGAGUUCCUUUUCUGCAGAAAUUUUCCUAUCGCCAUGGAUAGCAGUACUGAGGUGGAGAUUUGCCGUCUGCUGAAGUAAGAAAACUUAUCCAAGCUCAUGUCGUUUAUCUAUGUCCUUCGAAAUUCUAGGUUUUAAUUUCUCCAACUGAAAUUGUUCAUCGUCAACCUUCAACAUGAUGCAACUCUACAAUUUGAAGACCCUCCGAUUGGUUGGUUCAGUAUUUUCUUGUGCAUUUGCAUCCAAACCUAAAAGAUUUGUUCUUGCUGAUCCAAAACCCUCGAAACUUUGUCUUCCAAAUCAGUUGCUUUGCAGACCCUUCACCUCAGAAAUCUCAGAAACCCACCAGGAUUUCAAAGUCAAUUACCUCAUAAACACAUGUGGGUUGUCCCCAGAAGGUGCAAUUUCAGUAUCCAAAAGGGUGAAGCUGGAAUCUCCAAAAAAGGCAGAAUCUGUUUUGGCCCUUUUCAGAAACCAUGGACUAUCUCAAACGCAGAUAUCAAGGGUCGUUAGGUCACGUCCGCAGGUUCUUUCCGCCGAUCCGGAGAAAAUCCUUUUGCCAAAGCUUGAGUUUUUCAUUUCUCUCGGGGUUUCGAGGGUGGACCUUGCAAAAAUUCUGGCUUAUAAUCCACAUCUUCUGGCUAUCAGUUUGGCAAACAGGAUUAUACCCACUUAUGAUGUCCUUAGGAGUAUCCUUUCAGAGAAAAAUGUCGUUGCUCUUUUCAAGCGCUACUCGCAGAUUUUCCUGGAAACUCGAUUCAAGAAUGUGAUACCAAAUAUUGAGCUUUUGAGAGAAUCAGGUAUGACGCCACGAGGUAUCUCCUUAGUGCUCACAUAUUGCACUCCCGUUUUGAUGGUGCUUCCUGAACAACUUGGUCAACUUGUGGCUGAGAUUAAGGAAAUGGGAUUCAAUCUGGAAAAAACGACUUCAGUGAAUGCACUGUGUGCACUAUGUGGUAAGAAUAGGUUGGUAUGGAAUAGAUGUCGUGAAGCUUUUAAAAGGUGGGGUUGGUCUGAUGUCGAUGUUCUCUCUGCGUUCAAGAAGAAUCCGCAGUGUAUGAUGGUGUCUGAGCGGAAGCUAAUGCAAGCAAUGGAUCUUUUAGUGAACAAGAUGGGAUGGUCCUCAGAAAUGAUUGCCAAAUGCCCGGUGGUCCUCGGUUUGAGUUUGGAGAGGAGACUUAUCCCAAGGUGUUCGGUAGUUAAAGUUUUGUUGUUGAAAGGUUUGAUGAACGACAACUUGAAUUUGGGUUCGGUGCUGAAACCUACAGAUAAGCAGUUCUUGGAGAUGUUUGUGAAGAGAUAUCUUGGCGAAGUACCUCGAUUGUUGAGUGUGUACCAAGGAAAGGUGGACAUCCAGGAUGCAUGAUCUUGGUACGUUGAAUUUGUCCUUCAAAUGUCUUGCUUUUAUUAGGGUGCAAUGUUGUCUGUUUUGGGUGAGGAGUGGAGAAACUAAUUUUUGUCCAUUUUCCAAAUUAUAUGAUAGAAUGGCUGUCACUCCUUUAUCCCCUGCUCCGUUACUAAUAGGAACUCCUGACAAUGUGUAUGGCUGCUUUGUAAUCAUUUUCUCGUGUUAUUCUUAAUGGCGACGCGGUAUCUGCAAUGCUUUUAGAA